AUGAGGGUGCGAAUCCAAAAAGUUCCUCAGAUUGUCGAGUUUCUGAAGAAGAAGUCCGUGGGGCUGCAGCACUUCAAGCCAACGUCCUCGGUGUGCGUGCUGGAGGAGAAGGAUGCUGUGGAGGCAGCGCGCUGCCCGCACGCUGCCUCCAGAGCGCGCAGCCUGGACGCGAUCCCCGGACCCACCAACUGGCCGCUCGUCGGCAGUCUGGUGCAACUCCUCCGGAAAGGGGGUCUGACAAGACAGCAUGAGGCUCUGGUGGAUUAUCAUAAGAAAUUCGGCAAGAUUUUCCGGAUGAAGCUGGGCUCCUUUGAGUCGGUACACAUCGGCGCACCUUGCUUGCUGGAGGCGCUCUAUAGGAAGGAGGGAAAUUACCCUCAGAGACUGGAGAUCAAACCCUGGACAGCAUACAGAGACCUGAGAGACGAGGCGUACGGGCUCCUCAUUCUAGAGGGGAAAGACUGGCAGAGAGUGAGGAGCGCUUUUCAGCAGAAACUCAUGAAACCGACCGAGGUGGUGAAGCUCGAUCGCAAAAUAAACGAGGUGUUGUUGGACUUCGUUGGCAGAAUUGGAAAGAUAAACGUCAGUGGGAAGAUUGAGGACUUGUACUUCGAGCUGAAUAAAUGGUCGUUUGAGACCAUCUGCCUCAUUCUCUACGACAAGAGGUUUGGUCUUCUGCAGGAGAAAGUCAACGAGGAAGCCAUGAACUUCAUCACUGCCGUGAAAACAAUGAUGAGCACGUUUGGCAUGAUGAUGGUCACACCGGUGGAGCUCCACAAGAGCCUCAACACCAAAACGUGGCAGAACCACACGGCGGCGUGGGACCGCAUCUUCAGCACAGCCAAAGUCUACAUCGACAAGAAGCUGGCGAAGAAGAACGCCGUGAGAGAUCCGGAUGACUUAAUCGGUGACAUCUUACACCAGAGCUGUCUCUCCAAGAAGGAGCUGUACGCAUCCAUCACAGAGCUACAGAUCGGAGGAGUUGAGACGACCGCCAACAGUAUGCUGUGGGUUAUUUUCAACCUGUCCCGUAACCCUGGCGCCCAGAGGAAGCUGCUGGCGGAGAUCAAAGAGGUGGUUGCUUCCGACCAGGACCCAUGUGGAGAGCACAUCAAGAGCAUGCCCUACCUCAAGGCCUGCCUCAAGGAGUCAAUGAGGUUAUCGCCAUCAGUCCCUUUCACCAGCAGGACCCUGGACAAAGACACUGUGUUGGGAGAUUAUGCCAUUCCCAAAGGGACCGUAUUAAUGAUAAACAGCCAUGCGCUGGGCUCCAACGAGGAAUACUUUGACGAUGGGAAGCGGUUCAAACCCGAGCGAUGGCUGCGGGAGAACAACACCAUCAAUCCCUUCGCCUACGUUCCCUUCGGCAUCGGAAAGAGGAUGUGCAUCGGCCGCCGGCUGGCAGAGCUGCAGCUACAGCUGGCCAUGUGCUGGUUGGUGAGAGAUUAUGAGAUCGUGGCAACAGAUAAUGAGCCGCUCGACGUGAUCCAUUCAGGACUUUUGGUCCCCAGCAGAGAACUUCCUGUUGCUUUCAUUAAGAGAUGA